CACAGGAAACGAGAGCAAAUACUGUACAGGUAAGUCUAAAAUGGUAUAAUAAUCAUUUCUUUUUUUGCUCUAAAAAUCUGUUGUUUAUGCAUAAAAAAGUCAUUCAUUUCAAUUACUCCAGCUGCUGAUUUGAAUAAUCAUGAAGAAUACUGUAUUUGACAGGAAUCUGUCUUCAUUUGAGCCACAAAGUUCACCUGCAUCUUGUAAAUCUGUCUGUUGCUUUGACCAUUGAAAUCAUCCUUGAACCAUGACGCAAAAUUUGACGAAAGAUUUGUUAAUGCAGUUGAAGGCCAAGCUGUCCUCAACUGCAGUUUUCAGAUCUUUUCCACUGAGCUGUUUGUUAAUCGGACUGGAGGCUUUGAUGGAUGUGGAGUUUUCAUGUCCAUGCAGAAUCGAGUGGAAUCAUGCUCUUUCUAAUCUGGUCAUAAUCGCUCCUGCUUGCUUUGCCUUUGUUUUAAUAUUCUUAUGGUUAAGGCCGUGUGGUUGUAAAGUCAAGUCUUGGAAUUGUGAUAGAGAGUGUCUGUGCGACGAAACUUCCCGAGAGAGUGUUAAAAGGUUCCUGCACUGUCUGAUUCCACCUGUGGUGUGGUUCUUUCUUGUGCUAUAUGAUGGCAACUAUUACGCUUGCAGUCAAACAGACUGGAAUGGAGUGUAUGUUCAUGAUCAGGUGCUGGGAAAGAAAUGGUGUAAACCCACCGAUGUGAAUGCAAGUAGAGAACUCCAACUACGAACUCAAACUUUAGUCAAUUGGUCACAGUUUGCCAGUUAUAUUCUGCUCAUUGUCUUCUGCGCUGUGACAUUUGUUCUUGUGUGCGUCUAUGACUGCCUGAUAAAUUUUAAAUGCUGUAGAAAUGAACAACAGGACAGUGCAGAGACAGUACAGAGACGCACUGCAGAGACGGAGAUGGAUCCAAUGAGAAAUGACAUAUAACCUCAAAUCAAUCGUGUUCAGUGUUCAGUGAACGACGUUUCACUUUUUCUGAAUACAAAUGCACAAAACAGUAGCAUUUAAUGUAUCUUUUAACUGUAGAUCUCUAUAUCAGCAUGUCCUGCACUGGUGAUGGCAAUGUAUGUAGUAAGCUGG